AUGCUUGGGAAAACCGAGGGAAACUACAUCUCCCAGAAUACCCGGGCAGAGCUGCGGAAAAGCUCGAGGGUGGACAGCGUCACGCGGCUUUCCGGGCAGGACUGUUCUUUCUCCUCCCUUAUGUGCCCCGAGGUCCCCGUGGCGACUGGAAGAAAGCACUAUCACCACCCCACCCCACCCCACCCCCAAGAUGGCAUCCACACUCCCUACAACCGAGGCCCAGAUAAUCAGCAGCUACAUCUAGAAUCUAUGGGACUUGAAGAGCUUGCCUUAGAAAAAUGUUCCCUUGCUGUGCCCCUCAUCUGUUACCCAGAAAAGUCUUCUGAGCAUGGAGCUGGAAACUUUGAAAGGAAAAUAUCAGGUGGAACUCCUGCUUGCACGAAAAGGUUCAGAAGCCUUUUAGUUACCAUUGAAAACCAUACCCCAUUGAUAGAACUAGCUCAAAGUUUAGGAACCAGAGCACUUCCUGAAAUUCUUCCAUUUCCCGAAGAAGGAACCAAAAAGUCAUACAAGUGUCCUGAAUGUGAUCAAAGCUUCAGUCAUAGUUCAUGCCUCGUUUUGCAUCAGAAAACACACGCAGGAAAGAAAAAGUGUAAAUGUGAUGACUGCAGGAAGAUUUUCAAUCACAGAUCCAACCUGAGAGCUCACAAGAUAAUCCACACUGGCGAGAAGCCAUAUAAGUGUGCACAGUGCGGCGGCAGCUUCCGCCGGCCCUCGCACCUGUCUCAGCACAGGAAGGCUCACCCAAAGGAGAAAAUCCACAGGUGUGGCAUAUGUGGAAGGGGGUUCACGAGGCUCCGGGGACUGUCACAGCAUCAGAAAACCCACACUGCCACAAAAGCCAGCAAUAAAUAUGUCGGUCAGAAAACAAAUCUGGCUUUGCCUGAGGAAAAGCACGGGUCAGCCGCCCAGCAGCCGUGCAGUCCCGGCAGGAAAUGCUUUGGGCAGCCCUCAUACCCCUGCCCGGGAGAGGCCACAAGGACAAUCUGAACACUAUAGCAAUUGGGGGGAAAUUUUGCUUUCCUUCUCAAAAUUCAAACCCUUAAAGUGU